GUGCCUUGCCGGGCCUCACUGACAGUCGGAACAGCGGUCUAUCUCGCACAUAUAUUACCCACGGAUCUUUUGAGCUUGGUUAAUAACCUCUCUUCUAACAUCCCCUUCGGUAAACGUCACCGUGCUCGGGUCGUCCGAUGAGCAAGGCCGAUCCAGACAUAAGCCUGCCUUCAACGACCCACCCCACGACCCCCGCUUCUACCACCACCAUCCGCAUGCAGCAUAGUUCAGCCUUGCCAGUGUUCUACUGGUUCGUCUUUGGGUGGUACGAGCCUCUUCUCGCAACCGGGGGUGCACUAGGAGCCCUGCUAUAUCCAGAGCAGGUGUACAUACAGCAGGCACCGUGGCCGCAAGACGAAUUACCUCAGGGCCCGUUGCCUAGGGCCGCAGUGGUGACACUGCUCCAGCUCGCACACACGGUCGGCCUGCUCGGCCUGCUCAACUUCUUCGUCCUCUGGGCUGCCCGGAAAUAUCUAUGGUCACAGCCAGCGAUACAAGAGAAGAUCGUCGGUGCCCUCCUGACCCCAUUGCUCUUGGGGGACUUUCUCCACAUCUUCCUAACCCUAUGGGCAAUUGGAGACGAUAGGUGGGAGGUGCAGAAGUGGCAGGGGACACUAUGGAUCACCAUUGUCUCAGGGUUCACACUGAUGAUUCCGAGACUGGCAUGGCAUUUAGGAGUGGGGAGGUAUAUGGACAACAGGGAUGGGCGGCCGGUGAAGAAGAUCUAAAUGUACCUCCUACAAGGACUCAGAAGCGGCAUCCUCCACGGACUGAGGCAGGGAUAUCAUCUAGAUCUAUAUAGAGAAGAUUAGUACUUGCUUCGACGAGGGCAUAAUGAAUAUUCCGUCAUAUUAGAUCAAGGAGGAAUCAC